AAAGUUCUUGAGGAAUUAACUAGAAUUUUGGCCCCUUUUGCUGAGAUUACACAAUUGCUAGGAGGUAGUAAUUAUACUACACUUAGUUUUAUAUGGCCAGCAAUCACCACCCUUACUAGAAAUUGUACACCAUUGCCGAUGAGUAUAAGAGGAAGAGAAUUUGUCGAUGUGGAUGAAGAAUUGGAAAUAAUUAGUACGGCUAAUGGAG